CGUUUACCACGCGUUUAGUUAGGACAUGUACCUUAUCUCCUGGCAUUGCACGUCAAGACCAUCCCGGUUCCUGCUCACCAAGACCUAUGCGGAUAUCGAUAUCGGCAGAAGCGGAUGGCUUCGCCCGGCAAAGUGAAAGCGGGCUCCGUACAGAAUGGCGGCGGCCAUUCAUUAUUCUCCUGGCACCUCGGCAUCCGGGAUACACUCGAAAAACGUCUGAGCACUGGAGAAUGAGUUACUCACCCUCCGAGCCAUGGAGCUAAACAAGCGAGGAGACCUGGGGAUCAGUUGAUAUGGGAAAGGAAGUCAGAAUGAUUUCAAACCCUGACCUAUCUCCGAUCCGUAUCCACAAGAGCAUAACGACCCAUGGUCCUCCAGCUACAGGUCUAGAAGGUGGAGAGACAAUACUUCUCUAGGUGGUUGCAACAUUGUUCCAAUGUGCUAUAAGUACCUGCGGACGCACACGGGUGGCUAGUAACUUUUGCGUCUCGUACACAAUUCCACUCGCAGGACGUUGUAAAUCUCCCGACACUGGCCGAUUCAGUCGAGAUGGGAUCAAUCGAUAUGACGAGCGAAUCCGGCUAUCAUAUCAAGAACCAAUGGCAUUCUCAGCCACGACCGAUCCGGAUCGUCUGCAUUGGUGCCGGUGCGGCUGGCUUAUUGGUCGCAUACAAGCUGAAGCGGAACCUGAAGUUGUUUGACCUGGUGAUUUAUGAAAAGAAUGCAGGAAUCGGAGGGACAUGGUAUGAGAACCGAUACCCAGGGUGCGCUUGCGACGUCCCUGCGCAUGUGUACACAUAUUCAUUUGAACCGAAUCCCGACUGGUCGGCAUUCUACGCCAGCGCUCCAGAGAUCAGACAGUACUUUGAAAGAUUCGCGGAAAGGUAUGACCUAUACCCGUACAUCCGGACCAAGACACGAGUGCUCUCCUCGACAUGGGUGGAGGACAAAGGAGUAUACGAGCUACAGGUCCAACUUGAGGAUGGCACAAUCAUACAGGACUGGUGUCACAUUCUGAUCAACGGCACUGGUACCCUCAGCCGGUGGAAGUGGCCAGAUAUCCCUGGUCUGCAUGAUUUCAAAGGCAAGCUGGUCCACAGUGCCGACUGGGACACCUCGGUCGACUGGAGCGGCAAAACCGUGGCCGUGAUUGGAACCGGGUCAUCAGCCAUUCAGAUUGUGCCGCAAGUGCAAAAGACAGCCGAAAAAGUCAUUUGUUUCAUGCGUUCCGUGACCUGGAUCUCGCCGCCCAUUGCAGGGGAUGUGUUGAAAGAGACCAAGGCGCACUCCAGCGACCCUGGACAAAGCCAAACGAACCAAUACUUCUACACAGAGGAAGACAAGCGCCGGUUUCGCGAACACCCUGAUGAACUGCUUGCGUAUCGUAAGAAGCUCGAGUCUCAGUUCACAGGCACAUUCGACAUCUUCAUUGCUGGUUCGCAGAUGUCCAAGGAUGCCCAGCGCCUGAUGCGAGACGAAAUGUACCGCAGGAUCGGACCCGGUCACGAAGAGCUCAAGAAGAACCUUAUCCCUACAUGGGCUCCGGGUUGCCGACGCAUGACUCCGGGAGAGGGAUAUCUUGAGGCGCUCGUCCAGGAUAACGUGGUCACCGUCCACAAGAACAUUGCAAAGGUCGUGCCUGAAGGACUGGUCGACAGCACCGGCCAACUUCAUCGAGCGGAUAUCAUCGUCUGCGCAACAGGGUUCGAUGUCUCACAUAAGCCAAACUUCACGGUUACCGGUGUCAAUGGUGCAGACAUGAGACAAGAGUUCGAGCCGGAGCCCUACGUUUACUUGUCCAUGGCGGUGCCGAAGUUCCCCAAUUACUUCACCAUCAACGGAGCACGAGGCAGUUGGGCGUCUGGCACCGCAUUGAACUCACACGAGGCCUGUGUAGACUAUAUUGUCAAGUGUAUAAGCAGGAUUCAGACCGAGAAUAUUCGUGCCCUAGAGGUCAAGAUGGAGCCGAUCAAGCAGCUGUACGAGCAUAUGGACGAGUGGCACAAGGGGUCGGUAUGGAAUGAUGACUGCAAAAGCUGGUACAAGAACAACAUCCCGGGAGGGAAGCCACUGUUGUGGGGUGGUUCGUCCUUGCAUUUCAUCAAGACUCUGCAGCUGGUCCGAUGGGAGCACUAUGAUUUUCGAUACUUUGGCAAAAACAUGUGGGAGUUCCUUGGGAAUGGCCGUGUCGAGGCUGAGAUGACAAACGACAUUGACGGUCUGGCGCCAUAUAUCCGGAACGAGGACACGCCCUGGUCCGUGCAGUAGCUGAUAGAUACUUUGGAACCCAUAACAUGAGGCAGCCUGUACAGUACAGCAAUCUUGCUGGAUAUACAGUACACUGUAUGUUGUUUCGCUCGA